AUGCCUAAAUCCAGCCAAACCUCUUCUAAAGCAAAAUCAUCAUCGAAGACUAAAGCCAAAUCCAAGAACAUGAAGCCCAAAUCAAAGAAAAGUGCAACACCAUCAAGUGUACUUGCACCCGCAACUGCUCCUUCUCCACUUAUAUCCUCCACUGUACGUGCAGUAUCGUUCCAUGUUUCUGUUGCACCCACUAUUCCCACUUCUACUGGACCUUCACUUCCAAAACCACCUGCCCAUGCACCCGUGUCUUCCAAAAACACAUCUAAGUCCACUAAGAUCAAGCCUACUCCAAGAAAACCUAUCAAAAGUAACAAGGUGGUUCUUGAUGUUACUGCUAAGGAGAGGAAGAAGGAGAGUGAGUCAGAAGAUAAGAUAGAUGAACAAGUGGGUGAUUCUGGAGAGGAAGAACAAGAUAGUGAGGAAAAAGGUGAUUUUGAGAGUGGAGGUGAGGAUGAAGAAAAGGAAAGUGAGAGUGAAGGUGAGGAUGAAGAGAGAGAGGAAGAGAAUGAGAAUACAAGUGGGGAAUCAAAAGGCUCUAUGGCUAUUGGGGACACUGUCAUAGCCCCUUCAGAAGAAGCAAGUAGAGAGAAAAGGACUUAA